AUACAAAUAAUCUAUGGCAAGGCUGUGCUCUCUAAUGAAAGUUUCCCUGAGUUGGAUGACCAUCAUCACCUGGGACAUGUGGACGCUGCAUUCCACAUGCACUCUGAAGACAGCCCAGAAAACCAUGACCACCAGUUCUUCUUCCUGGACAUCAAGGUCUUCAGUUACUACAAGCACAAGCUGGAGAAGGACUAUCCCAAGGAUAUCUCUGAAAUUUUCCCUGGAAUUCCUGACCAUUUGGAUGCUGCAGUGGAGUGUCCCAAGCCAGACUGUACCAAUGACACCAUAAUCUUUUUCAAAGGUGAUGAGAUCUACCACUUCGAUGUGAAGACCAAGAAGGUUGAUGAAGGUGAUGAAAAGGAAUUCAAAAGCAUGCCCAGUUGCACCGGAGCCUUCCGUUACAUGGAUCAUUAUUACUGCUUUCAUGGUCAUCAGUUCUCCAAGUUUGACCCAGUUACAGGAGAAGUCUGGGGCAAAUAUCCAAAGGAGACCCGUGAUUACUUCAUGAGAUGCCCAUAUUUUGGUAAGUGCAACAAUGAACAUGCAAGUCACAUUGAAAGAGAACAGUGCAGCCGUGUCCACUUGGAUGCUAUUACAUCUGAUGACGAUGGCAGCGUAUAUGCUUUCCGAGGGCACCACUUCCUCAGCACAACUGGUGAUAAGUUUCAUUCAGACACAAUUAAGUGUGCUUUCAAAGAGUUGCACAGUGAAGUUGAUGCAGUCUUCUCUUAUGAAGGUCAUCUCUACAUGAUCAAGAUUGACAAUGAGGUGUUUGUGUACAAAGUUGGAAAGCCACACACACACCUGGAAGGUUACCCAGAACUCCUGAAGGAUGUCCUGGGAAUUGAGGGUCCUGUAGAUGCUGCCUUUGCGUGCGCAGAACAUCACAUUGCUCAUGUCAUCAAAGGUCAAACAGUUUAUGAUGUUGACUUGAAAGCCACAUCACGUGUGCCUGUGAAGGAAGGAACCAUAACACACUUAAGAAAGGUUGAUACUGCAAUAUGUGGACCCAAGGGUGUGACGGUGAUCAGUAACUAUUACUACCAAUACGCGAGUCCCAUGAUUGUGAUGAUGGUCAAAAUGUUACCUGAACAGCACAGGGUGUCUCAGGAGCUGUUUGGCUGUGACCACUAGAGGGAGGCAUACAGAGAAGGAGAGGAGGAACUGCUGUGCAAGUGACCUAGUCUGUACAGACUGUGUCUCUUAAAAUAGCCACAGUAACUGCACUGACUAGGAUUUUCAAGCAGUAACAUAUCCACUUUCCUCUAACUUUUGUCAAACCUGAUCUCAAAAGAAAAUUCCUACCUCUGAAGUUCUGCUUGAAUAAUCUAUCCCAUCACAAACAUGUGAACAUAUACAAGCAAUCCUGGCUUUUGCUGCCA